AUGGUUUUUGAGACAGUGUCCUUGAGUUCAGACUCUCUUUUCCAGAGGGCAGUUUCAGUUCUCCAUACUUCUUACUUGGACUCUGCAUCUGAGCAUGGUUUUCAGUACAGUCAAGUGACUUUGGUGAAAAAUGACAUUUUCUUAAACGAGUACAAAACCUUUUAUCAACAAAAACAAGCAAAUAACUAUACUCAGGAAGAACUUCAAGAAACUUACGGGUUUCUUCUAUUUGAAACUGAAAAUCAGGGAAAAGUCAAGUUUGUGUCUGAGAAUUAUACAACUAACUACACUAGGCCAUCUUUUGGCUAUGAUUGCCACGUGGCGGCAGAUACAAACAAAGUUUCUCACAAGACAAGUCAUUUUCGUGCCUUUGAGCUGAGUCAGUAUUACCUCUAUGAACUUUCAGGCGACACUGUUAUUAAGAGACCGAGACAGAUCUGUCCUUAUGUAAUUGUAGCUUUUCAGUACAGGGAGCCUAAAAAGAUGGCAGCACCAGCUCAUAACAGCAUAGUUGAACUCAGUAAAAAUGUUCUCUCUCCAUGGAAAGGGAGAUUAAUUAUUCAAGGUUGUGUGCUGUGUGAUAUAACUCUUUGGUCUACUUACGGUACAAUAAUUCCAACACAGCUACCACAGGAACUUGAUUUUAAGUAUGUAAUGAAAGUGUCUUCUUUGAAAAAACGACUACCAGAAGCUGCCUUUAAAAAACAGAACUACUUGGAGCACAAAGUCUUUUGUCAAGAUUUGUGCUUUGAAUUGUAUGAAGUGGAACUGUCAAACAAACAAGGGGAAAGGAUAGAUAAACUAACAGAGUACAUUAAAAAUAAACAGUUGGCAAUCAUCAAAUGCUUAGAAGACCGGGGAUUUUUUAUUUUACUUACAUCAUCAGCCUUAAUACCAGAACCAAAUUUGGGAGGUGAGCAGAUAGGUCUACAUGGGUUAUAUUUGUUCCAUUCACACCUGUCAACAGGGGUAAAAGAUUUGAAAGUUGAAGAUGACAUCUCACUGAAAGUGAUACCUGUUUUACCUGCACUUAAUUAUGCCCUGCUGGAAGCAAAGAAAUCACUUCCUGAAGAAGGAACCUGUCCAAGCACAUUAGUAAAACACAGUUUUCAAGAACUGUACAAGGCAGAUAAAAGCCCUUCAUUGACGGUUGCUCGGGAUGGAAUGAAAAAGACUGCAUUCUUUGGGAAAUCGUCCAAUGGUUUUGACUUGGUUCCUCCACCUGAAAAGUGCCCAUUAGAGUUUUUAACUCAGUUGAGGUCUUAUUUUUCAGAUCCUAGUGGUUACACUUUGGAAGUUUCUGCUGCUUUGGAUUUGUUAGCAGAGCGUCCUCAGUCUCCUUGUAUUUCAGAUGGAAUUUGUGAUGCUGGAUUUUCUUUAGUUAUGACUCCAGAUCCUGAAUUUCUUGACUCAGAGGUGGAAGUAAGGAAAGAAACUGAAACAGAAAAGAAUUCUGAGGAAAUAUCGACAGCAAAAAAGGGAGUGGUGGUUCCACUGAAUCCAGCAUCAAAUUUGAGAGUGCAGCCAAAGAGAAAAGCCAGCAUGCCACUCCUGGUGCAGAAUAAAAGGGUUAAUCUGUGUCGCCCUCUUCCCAAAAGAACUGCACCCGGAACAGACAGUGGAUCGCACUCUCCAACAACCCUUAAGUUAGUUAAAGGACAGUUUCCUCAGAAAAGAAAAAGAGGUGCGGAAGUGCUGACUGCACAGUUUGUACAGAAAACCAAAUUGGAUAGGAAAAACCAAGAAGCUUCUAUUUCUAAAGAUGUUCCAGUGGCAACGAAUGCUAAAAGGGCAAGGAAACAAGAAAAAUCUCCAGUCAAAACUGUUGCAAGGGCUAAGCCACCUAUGAAGAAAUCUCCACAAAAACAGAGGGUAAAUGUAGUAAAAGGCAAUCAGAAUCCCAGAAUCAGAAAGCAGCCACAACCUGCUAAGGGAGAAACUGCUUUUCAGCUUCAAUCAAAAAUUUCAUCAGAUGGCCAAAAAGAUGGAAUUAGUAUAAAUACAGAUCAACCAGAAAGCACCACAGUGGCUCAUAAAGAUCUUCCUGAAAACUCCAUUAUGAACUAUGACUCCCAGGCCCUAAAUAUGUUAGCUGAUCUUGCAUUAAGUUCUGCUACCUCUUGUACCCCAUCUUGUGAGCCUAGAAUUCUUCCCUGCUCCUCUGAAUUGCCACAGAAUGAUGUUUUACUCUCUAAAGAAAAUUCAUUGCAUGGUACCUCGGACCAUGAAUAUCAUAGGGGCAUUAAAAGUCAAAAAGGUGUACUGUUAUCCAAACUGUCCUCUGAUAGAAAGAGUAACUCAGGGUCAGACUUAACUGUUAGCCAGGAAGACGAGUGCUUGAUACCUUGUCAGGCCCCUGAGGAAGCCCAGUCAGCAUCCCCUGAGGAAACAGUAAAAUCUUCAGAUGCAAGCCAAAACUCGCUUGUUGCUGUGGAACAUUCAUAUGCCCUGCUCCUUGUGGAACAUUCAAAGAAACAUCUGCAGCCGAGAGGGUUACCAGGCCCUGCUUUUGCCAAGAAUGGGACAAAAGGUCCUGAUGCUGGAACUCCAGUGGGAAAAGUCAUGCCUUUUCGGCAUCUACAGAAUACUUCCCCUCUACAAAAGGUUUCUGAGGAUUCAUUGAUAAAGUGCAAAAAUCGAUUUGUAUCUUCCCACCUAAAAGAUUUUUAUUGCUCCCAUAGUGUGCUUAGCUGUGAUGGCUCCUUUAAAGUCACUUUCAAAUGUGAAACAGAAUAUUCAUUCAACUUAGAUAGCAAAUAUACUAACAAUCCACUGGAGAAAACUGUUAUAAGAGCAUUGCAUGGGCCCUGGAACACUAAUUUGCCUGAUAAUGUGGAAGAAGUGAAGCUUUUACUUCACAUGUGGGUAGCUCUGUUUUACAGUAAUCAGAACAAAGUCAGACGAUCAUCCCGAAAAGUGGUAGAGCACAGCAACCCAGCAAAGUAUGUGUCCAUAAAUAGCACUUUAGAAUCUUUUGAACUCAGUGAAAUUGAGGAGUCCUCCAGUGUGGAAAGAUGUUCUGUAGAACCUAUGUUGGAGUCGAAUGAAACAUCCAGAGGUCAUGCUACAGAAAUGUUCUUCCCUGGCCCUAACUGCUUGCUUCCUUUGAUUAAACCACCACCUGCCAGAGGUUUGGAACUCAGUGUACAGAAUGAACAGAAAGAAACUUUUGCAAGAGAGUGUCAUACAGACACCUUAGAAAGCCAGAAUUUCAUCUAUUCCUGUAAUAAUGAGGUAAUUGGAGAGAAAGCCAAACAAGAAUCAUCAGAUCUAGAGACUUCUAAUCUUGUGCUUUCUGGUAUUGAAAGUAUUGAAACUAAUGGAUCUUCUAUUUCUGGUGAAGAAAAAACCUUUCAGUUACAUGAUAAUACUAGAGUGGCUUCUUAUAAUGAUACAGUUACACAAGCCACAUUCACCACAACUUACAGUGGGGCCAAUAGUCAUUCGAUAGUAUGUCAAAAGUCUGCAUACGACACCCUUGAAAACAAAGUUGAUGUAGGUCAUGCAUCAGUGCAGACAAAAACGGGUACUUUACAGGACCUUACCCAGCAUAGCAGCCCCAUAAACAAUGAAUGUCAGUCUUCCUUGGAAAGGACGGAUGAUAAUAUGGGGUAUGUGAUGAUUAAUCUGGAACCAGUUACUCCCACUUUUGAAAAAAAUGCCUGUGUACCAAUAUAUUCAGAAGUAAAUAGACCUGAUAAACCCACAGCCUUUGAUACAGAGCUGAUGAAACAAGUGUCUCCUCCUGCAAGUCCUAGACAUCCCAUAUCUGCAUUGGAAAAAGUACAAACACAAGGUCUUAGGGAUAUUCCAUCUCUUGCAGUGUCAGGACAGAAAGCCACUAACCACUUUUGUGCCUCCUCAGUUAAUAGAGAGACACUUGCUCAAGAACUGUGUUCAUUACAGAAAGAGAAGCCUCUUCCAGUCUCAUCAUCACCAUCCAAUAAAGCAUCAAUAAUGGAAGCAUUAGCAUUAAUCAAAAGUUCUAGUUAUACAUUACCCAGUGAAGAAAUGAAAGGCUCUCAAGAUUGCAGUUUGCAGACUCAACGUGUCUUUAGCAUAUCUUCAGAAGAGAUUAUAGAGCCAUCCCAGGUUGAAGUAGUCUCGUCAUCAGCCUCAGCCACCUUGGGAAAAGGGUGUUCCCUUAACUGUAUUACACCAAGAAUUACUAUGUCAGAUAGCUCUUUAGAAAUAAGGAAGAAUGACAAGAGUAAUCUAAAUCAUGAAAAUACAAAUGUGGAAUCAUUUACUUCGGUAUUUGCCCAACAAAUUAGCCCAUCUAUGGGUAGGGAAGAGACCAGUCUGGAAUUGUCAGAGGAAGAUUCUGAUAUUGACCUAACUCUGACAAUAUCAUCACCUACAAGUCCCAAAGAAGAAAUGGCAACUGUUGAAAUAGAGCAACUUCAGAAGACCCCAGUGUCAAAUUUAGAACUUCAGGAUACAGCUGAAGAAAUAGUUGAGCCAGAAGAAGUAACCCUUGUGGAAAACAGAGAAAUUAGUUCAGCUAAUUAUAUGUCAGUGUGUCCUGUGGUAUCAGAAGAACCACUAGAAAAUAAGGAAAGAAAAAGUGAUAGUUUACAGCCGGUUACUUUAAUACUUUCUAAAGAAAAUUGCACCCUUGAGAUUGCAGAGGAAAUUAACGUUACUUCUGAUUUCCCCUUUGAUUCUCUAAUUGAAGAAGUGUCACCACCUUCUAGUCCCGAUCCCCCAGUACCAACCAAAGAAACACAACCUUCUCAGGCUGUGUCUCCAUGUAGUUUAGAAGUUCAUGGUAUCCAGUGUGAGAAAAGUAACAAAUUGUCCCAGAUUGGUUCAGGAGAUUUAGCUGUAACAGAAAAAGAAAAUUCUUUUGUUAGUCCUAACCAUCCAGUGGGACAAAGUGACUUAACUCAGGUACAACAAACUCAGCUUUCUGCUGAAAUGCCUAUGUUAACCAAUAAUCCAGGAAGAAAAGGUAGACCAAUCCUUCCUGGUAAAGUAACUGAGGGAACUGUCCCAAAUGAGCAUAAUGAGGAUUUCUCUUUCUCAGAAAAGGUGCAGUGCUGUGAUGCAGCUUUAGCCAAGUCUGCCUCAGCUGCCAGAUACAGAGGUAACUUCAAGCCUUCUGUCGAAAAACUGGUAAAAUCAGGAAAUCCACUGCAGCCAAUUAGUAUAGAGAACAGAAAUUUGGACCUAAAACAUCUUGCCUUAGAGUCCAGUGAACCUCCAUUUAGUCCUAAAAAGAUUGUUGAAAAUAAGUCUUUGGCUGACAGAUUGAUUUCUACAACUGCUCUAAGUGGAAUAGUAAAUGUGUCAUUAAAACAAAAGACCAACCCUAAAAGCAUUACAAAAAAUCUUUUUGACAGUGAUUUGGAAACAGAUGCUGGAGGGUACAUGCAGGUAAAGUCCAUGGACUCUGCCUCCAUUGAUAGAGCUGCUGUUACACAGACAUACAUGCCCCCAGAGAGCCCAAAGCUUGGUUCUUCCUCAGAUAGCACUACAUUCACCCAUUGUACACAACCAGGAAGUGUGGAGUCAGGGUUUCAAACACAGGAAAUAUCAGUAGUCAGAAUGGCCAAUUUACUUAAAAAUAGUGAGACUAAAGCUGAAUCACGUGAAGAAAGUACAGAUCUAGGUACUAUCAGCCUUCAGUCUAACUCUACAUCUUCAACGAAAGGUGAACAAAAAAUCCACAUGUCGCAGGAUACAGCAACAUGUGAGAUAAAGGAGCUGUUGAAUGGUGGAUUUUUUCCCAUGUAUGCUGGUUCAAACCAGAAUGCAGCAGACAACAGUGAAAGUAUCAGUAAAGAGACUUCCGCUUCCUCUGACUCUCUUGUUUGUGGAAUUUCUAAAGAGCAUAUUGACAGUAAGAUCCCUAGUGAGGAAUACAGGGCUGAGACUGAUUUUGAAACUCAGGUUGGAGAGAGAGAGAUGAGGGUGAAUUCAGACAUGCAUUACGAACCACUUUCUGGAGACUCUGAUCAAGACUUUCUUGAUGACUGUAGAAAUCCCAAAUUAGACAUGGAAGAUUCAUGCACUUUGAGAAGUAGUCACACUAGCAAAAAAGAGGAUGUUGCAAAAAAUAGUUAUGGAUCUUCCAUGAACUCAAACAGUAGUGAUAAUGAAGCUUGGAGUUAUAAUAGAGUUCCAGAGCUGGAGACUAGCAUUCCUUCAAGAAACAGGUCCAUUGGAUUAAAGCAAGAAGAUAAGUGUGUGCCAUGUUAUGUCCAAAUUCGAGAUCUCCAUGGUAUCCCCCGGACCUAUGCUAACUUUACUAUAACAAAAGAAUUCAAAGAUACAUCUAGAACUUUGCAUAGCCUGAAGAGGCAAUCAAGUUUUGCUGCAAACUGCAGCCUGCUCAGCUCCUGGACAAGCACUUGGCAAGUGGCAGAUGACCUCACCCAAAACACAUUAGAUCUGGAAUAUCUGCGUUUUGCACAUAAAAUUAAACAAAUAGUAAAGAAAAAGGGGGAUUCUCAGAAGCCUGCCUCUUCCCCCAACAUCUUUCCAAAGGAGUCACCUACCCAAACCAUGGUUGGAACUUCACCUUUGACAAAAAUAUCCAAGGCCCCAGUUCUGCAUCCUGCAUCCAAGAGCAGAAGCCCCAUUUUGGUAACAAUUAUGCAUCCAGAUGCCAGACAGCCGAGUCAGCACAGAAGAGGCCACACACCCAACCAUAUGGACAGCACUUACUCCUUUUGGAAGGAGAGAUGUAGUCACAACAGAAAUCUUAUGAAUUCUCGAAAGAAUCAGAGUGUUUCAUUUCACCUCAACAAACUGAAAUAUAAUAGCACUUUGAAAGAAUCUCGGAAUGAUAUUUCACUUAUUCUCAAUGAAUAUGCUGAAUUCAAUAAGGUGAUGAUGAAUAGCAACCAAGUUGUUUUACAGGAUAAAGAGUUAAAUAUGGCUUCUGGAGAAACCAUGUCCCAAGACAUGUAUCCAUCUUUUCCAAGACAGUCAGCCUCCUACGAAGACAUGAUUACAGACUUGUGUGCCAGCUUGCAUGUCAAACUAAAAAGCGUUAUGAAAGAAGCUUGUAAGAGUCCCUUCCUGUUCUACCUUGUUGAAACGGAAGAAAAAUCAUUCUUUUUAAGAACAAAGAACAUUCUGAGGAAAGGAGGCCAUACAGAAAUUGAACCUCAGCAUUUCUGUCAGGCUUUUCACAGAGAGAAUGAUAAGCUAAUAAUCAUCAUCAGAAACGAAGAUUUAUCAUCACAUUUGCAUCAGAUUCCUUUUCUGCUGAAACUGAAGCAUUUCCCCAGUGUCAUCUUUGCUGGAAUAGACAGCCCUGAAGAUGUUGUUAACGACACCUAUCAAGAGCUGUUUCGCACAGGAGGCUUCGUGAUAUCAGAUGACAAAAUAUUAGAACAUUUAACAUUAGUUCAACUGAAGGAUAUUGUCAAAAUUCUGGAAAAACUAAAUGGAAAUGGAAGAUGGAAAUGGUUACUUCACUACAGAGAAAAUAAAAAGCUAAAGGAAGACAUAAGAAUGGAUUCAAUUGCACAUAAAAAGAAUUUAAUAUUGAAAUCAUAUCAGAGUGCAAAUAUCAUCGAAUUGCUUCACUAUCACCACUGUGACUCUCGAUCUCCAACAAAAGCAGAAAUUUUGAAAUGUUUGAUAAACUUGCAAAUUCAGCAUGUUGAGGCCAGAUUUGCUGUCUACCUAACAGAUAAGCCUACUGUCUCAAAAGAAGUCUUUGAAAAUAGUGGGAUCCUUGUUACAGAUGUAAAUAAUUUUAUUGAAAAUAUACAAAAAGUAGCAGCUCCAUUUAGGAGUAGCUAUUGGUAAGAACACUUUCUGUGUAACUUCCCAUGUAAGUUGGAGUUGUUGGCAGCAGACACUGACUGUUUAUGAGGCACAGUUCAAAAACUGCUCUUUACAGUAUAUUAUCAUGUGAUAAAGUAUUUAGGAGUGGAAUUGCUUUUGUUUCCCUAAUUAUCACUAAUGAUAUAACCAGUGUUCUUUGAAUUACUCAAAUGAUGUCCAUUGUCACUUGUGUUAACCUGGGUUAUCAAAAGAGAAGACAGUGUAACUUUAAGAUGCAUAAGAAUUUGCCCAAUUAGAUAUAACAACCGAUUUAUAAAAUGUUUGGUCACUUGUUCUAUCAUCAAUUUUGUGUUCAUAUAGGUGAUUCACCUGCACCUGCCUAGACAUGGAGGAUGCCAACAACAAAUUAGUAUUUUCCCGUUUUUUUUUUUUUAACUUUGAAACACACAUGCACAGUUUGUCAUAAUUGAAAAAAAUCGAUGUUCUACACCUUAGAAUGUUUUCCUUCUUUCUUUUUCGUAUAUUUUGCUUAAACAUCUGACUUCACAGUGGCACAAGAGUUGCUAUUAGCCUUGGGUUGCAGUGUUGAAUAUUGUUUUAAAUUAUUUUCAUUUUCAACAUAAUGCCUUCAAAGCUAUUGAGCUUAAAAUGUAAACAAAUUCACGUUUACAUAGUUGGAGCAAAAAUAAGUCUAUUUUAACAAAUAGCUUUGUUUUUGCAUGUUAAUGUCAGAGAGGCACAUGAAAUGUAUGUUGUGGUGUUCCAAAGGUUUUACUACCCUUGUUUAAAAAAAAAAAAAUGUAAUCUUAAAUGGUUUUAUUUGCUGUUAUACAAGCAACACUACACAAAGUUAACACAUUUUGUCCUGAAUGGUACAGAUUUAUAAACUGUUGUUUUUUCACUUAUUCAGUUUUUGUAAAUACUGCACUAUAAAAUCAACUCCUGAGGAAGAAUAAUCAUUUAUUUAUGAUAUUAGAAAUAAUUUCUAUAGUAAUCUUUAAAACACAAAGCCAAGCAACAUUUGUAAGAUACAUAGUAUCUAUUUGGAGCAAAGGUUUUUAUAACUAAUUUGUUUCAUUUUCUAAUAAAGACAACUAAAAAAUA